UUCCCAUGGCAGCGGCCGGGCCUCGGCGAGCGGCCGCCGCGGGAGGCGGCAAGAGCGGCCUGCCCCGGGAGGAUGGAGGACGAGGAGGAGAAGGAAGAGGGGGAGGAGAAGGAGGAGGAAGAGGAGAAGGAGGAGGAAGAGGAGAAGGAAGAUGAGGAGCCGCCUCCCUGUCCCCUGACGGAGGAACACCUCAAGGAGGGCCUCUCUCUCCUCAGUAAGACCGGCAACGGGCUGGCCCACGCCUAUGUGAAGUUUGAAGCCAAAGCCAAGGGCCUGACAGACAUCAGCCUCAUCGAACGUUUCAUUCACCUGCGGUAUGUGGAUUUGUCAAAGAACAAGCUGAAAGAUUUGGCCCCCCUGAGCAGCCUAACCCAGCUUCUUUGGCUGAAGGUGGAUAGGAAUCUGCUCACCAGUGCCAGCAUGCAGGAGCUGCCCUACCUCCAAGUCCUCAGCUUUGAUCGCAACCACAUAAUGGAUUUUGAGGGCAUUACUCACCCCCUCCUAACCAACCUCAGCCUGAAAGGUGAUACAGGCUACCUGUCUUGUGGGGACACUCUCUUGGAAAGGUGGGAUUAACUUUCUUGUUUCUUCUUCCUCUGGCACUCAGAAAAUAAAAUCGAGACAGUGCUGGGCCUGAGUCACGACCAUUUGUUCAGCCUGCAAGUCCUGGAGCUGCGAGGAAACAAGAUAAACACCACAGCAGGGCUCGGUGUUUCCAAGCUCAAGAAGCUCUAUCUGGCCAAGAACACCAUUUGCAGCCUUGAAGGCCUUGAGGAGUUUGAGCAGCUGGAGACUCUGCACCUGCGUGACAACAAGCUUGAGGCCCUGGAUGGAUUCUCUGCUAGCAUGAGGUGCCUGCAGUACCUCAACCUACGGAACAAUGGGAUCAAAAGCUUUCAGGAGGUUGGAAAACUGCAGGUCCUGCCCAUGCUGCAGGCCCUGGUGCUGAUGGACAAUCCGUGUGCCCAAGAACCCGAUUACCGGCUGCAGGUCCUGUCCCGGCUGCCACAGCUGCAACGCCUCGACAAGGAAACAGUUGAGGAAGAGGAGCAGGAAGAGGCCGAGAAAAUCCGUCAGACAAGGAAGGAAAAAGAAAAGGAAAUGCAAGAAUCUCUUGAGGAUACAGUGCCUGAGUGACCCGUUUUUAACACCUGUUCCCAGAGGCUGUCAAGAUGCAGUGAUGCCUUUCCCCGUUUGUGAGGCUGAGAAAGUGAGAGCUGUAGGUACCAGCUUCACCUCAUUUUACCCCUGGAGAAAAGAGGAGUGCUACCCACUGUGGUCCUGGAAGCUGCCCUGAGGCACUGCAGUGUUUUUGCAGUCACUGCACUGUGUUCUAUUCUCAGUAGGCCUGAGAGGGGAAAGGGGAGAGUUACAGGUCCUGUGGUUCAGUUUGAUUCCCAAAAACCCUGCAAGAUUUUCUGAUUUGAAUAAAAAUAAUUAAUGAGCCUGGA